AUGCACGAUGCCUUUGCAGUUGUGAACAAGAGGGUGAAAGGCUCACUCAAGGUCACCCGCGCCUUUGGAGCUGGCUUUCUCAAACAGGUAGACGUCGUCGUCUGGAUUUCAGAGUUGCUACAAAAAACAGACAAAUUCUUGAUCUUGUCCUCUGAUGGCCUCUAUCAAUACUUCACCAACAAAGAGGCCGUCUCUGAGGUUGAGACGUUCAUGUCAAUGUAUCCCGAGGGAGACCCUGCUCAACAUCUUGUCGAGGAGGUCUUGAUCCGUGCUGCUAAGAAAUCCGGAAUGGAUUUCUACGACUUGCUUGAAAUCCCACAAGGGGAAUGGAGGAGGUACCACGAUGAUGUAUCGAUCAUCAUCAUUUCUCUCCAAGGAAAAUACGGCGUUCAUCAGUGUAAAUGCUAG